UCAUUCGUCAUUUGACGAUAACGCCACCGUUAGGUCAAUAUCAUUUGCUGCGGAUUUUUUCGGUUUGUAGUAAGAAAGUUCGCCAGAUCCGUUCGUGCGCUACGAACAGAUAACGGUGCGCCAUUUACCACCUGCCCUUCGUACGCGAAUUACCGCAGGAGCGGGUGGCUUACUUCAGCGGUGGGGUGUAAUUUUUUGUAGUUCGCGUAUCGAUUCGAGGUGCCGACCUAGUCAGUCAGUCAGAAGAAUCCGUUCGCUGCAAUACGGAACAAAAUAGGGUCCGUAGAAUCCAUCCGUCCGCAUACACGAUGGCUUUAGGUAACGUCUUGUACCUGCUGACGGCUACGGUGCUUCUCUCUACCAUCGGCUUGGCAACGUGCUCCAACGAAAACAGCAAGUUUCUGGUGAAUAGCAGACUGGAAGUUAACGUUAAGUCCUUACUGAGUGAAAUUUGCGGUACCAAUUCGUCCUUGCUCAGUAUCGGUGUGAAGUCGCUUAGUAACGAAUACAGCGAUCGUACGGUCGAGAAUCUGUGUGGUAAUGAAACAACCGAAGUGCUGCUAUGGAUACCAGUAGGAAACUUUGGCAAUCUUGCCGAGUUAGGAUCUUUCAGUCGCUACCUCGGCAAAGGCGCUGGGGACGAAGAUUUCGCCGAGUACUGCAGUUAUGACGUAACGACUAAAUCGUGUGCUACUGAUAGCGGUGUUGUGGAAGGAUCAAUUCUGCUGCUGGCUGAGAAGUUCCCGGAACGAUACGAACUGCGUGAUUUGGUGUACAAAAAGUGGAGAAAUUCCACCCAUCUAGGUACACCGAUUUUGGCCUAUGCCACGUUAAAAAACCGCGAACCAGCGUACAAGUACGUCGAUCAGGAUAUUUCUUAUCUAGCGGAUACACGCAUUGAGUACGUCCUGCCAUCGACCGUGACGCACGGCGUGAAGCUGUCAAUGUUCCGCGGUAAAACGGAAACCUACAAGCUAGUCGCAGGGGAGAUAUACUAUAGCAGAAUUUUUAAGACCAUUAAUGCCAUUCGUUACAUGAGCCCUUACUCCACAAUUAACAUUACCGUCGUGGGAUCCGAAGGACGGGACUAUCGCGAAUUCCGCGCCAAACUGGUCACCGUGUACACUGACGAGGAGGGUUACGGUUGGUCGAAAUCUUUAUCGUCUAUUGAAGCUGCGGUGAUUGAAACCAAGCUUACAGAGACACACGUAGAAUAUGCUGUGCCGGUUAAUUUGUACGACUCCCAGUCACCAGUACUGCCCAUCAUCAACGAAGGAAAUGGUAUUGGGGACAAACAACAGGCUCCAGCAAAGAGUAUCGUGGCGAAGCCAGAAAACAUUCACAUUCAUAUCAGCGAGUUGGACAUCGGGCAAGCGUAUCCUGGAUUCCGCAGCGUAGCUAUUGGCGCUGCAGUUUUAUUCUUCUCCGUCCUUGGAGUAGCGAUCAUCGAUAUCAUUAGGCGCGUUAUUGCAAACCGUCGCGCAAAACGAUUGCAUCUCGGCAAGUACAGUCGGACGUAA